AUGGUGUACGUUGCAGUCCGGCGGAUUCCGUGCCGGCACAUCAAUGGUCGCAAUGGCAUGCUAUUUGAAUUGAACAAGUGUCAGCGUCAAGGGGAUAUAGUGUCGGAGGCUGGCCCUUUUGGCCCUUUUCCGUUGGGCCUACUAUUGCUGCAGUUGUACUAGUACUGUAUUUGCAUGCCCUGCCAGUGCAGAGGAGACAAUGCUCUCAAAACUCAAAAUAUUAACACUUUAACGCCAAGUUUUUUAUCCGGCUGCCGGAAGCAGACAACACAGCCCUCACACUCAGACAGCCACACACAUACACAGAGAGAAAAUCACACAGACACACAUAUACAAAUAAACUGCAGCGGUCGUUACGGUGGCAAAACGCCAUGUUGGAUUAUUCAACUCGACGCCAUUUCGCGUCACAAUGCGCGCUAUGCGCCGCCAUCAUUGCACUCGACAGAGUGGCAACAGCAAAAGCAACAGCAACGGCAACGGCAACGGCAACGGCAACGGCAAUGGCAAUGGCAAGCAACGGCGGCCAACGCGGCGGAUGAAGUUGCAAUUCAAAGUCAUAAACACGUGCAGCGUGGGCGCAAAGUCGCAGCUAAGCUGCGAGCAGGCGCUGCCACUGACAUCAGCAAUCGCAACAACAUCUCGGCAGCCAGCAUCCAGGCAUUGCUUGCCAGUCCGCCUGCCAGGCAAGCCAACGACUCUGUUAGCCAGCCCGCAGCCGCAGGCAGGAACAGAACCAGCAGCCACAGCUUCAGCAUCAGCAUCAGCUUCAACUUCAACAUCACCAUCGGUGGCAGUCUGCCAUGUGCUGUUGCCGGAGCUGCAUUAAGUGAAGUAUUGUUUCUGCUAGAUUAA